AUGGUCUCUCAAGCAUCCGACGAGAUCCUGCCCUCCCCCGAGGGUCCGACACCUUCACCCGGUCAGAUCCCUCUAGAGCAACCACCCAAACUCAAAGGCCGCCAAAAAUUAUUGCAGAGUCUCCAACGCAUGUCGUCGAGUCCGACGCUGACCAGACGCGGACGCUCGGCUUCAACAAGUGGCUACCGCCGAGACCAUAAGGCUUCACUAUCUUGUGUUUCGUUAUCUUCCCCUUCCUACUCGCCUUGCUUGGGCAAUGGAAGUUCCUCCCAGUUGUAUGGUGGCCUCGGUCCUCGCCCGGUCACCCCCGGGUGUUCCCGUUCUCCCGAUGACGCCCAAGGUUCGAAUCCACGUAUCCGCCUGGUAGACACCGACGGCCCUAGUUGUGCCAUGCCUCGCACUGUCCCCUUGCCAUUUGACGUGAGACCGGCGUCUCAAGGGACCCCACGCACAGCGACGCCAGUGCCAGUGGAAACUAAAGUCGAGGACGAAGUCACUCUUCCGGAGUCUCAGCCGGCUAGAACGUUCGAUUUUUGGGGCGAUAUGCCACAAGAGCUCAAAAUGGAGAUCUUCCAGCAUCUUACUCCGCAGGAGAUCGUGCGCUGCUCCGCUGUCUCUAAAUUGUGGAAUGAAAUGUGCUACGAUGGACAGUUGUGGUCCAAGGUCGAUACGACGGAGUACUAUUCUAAGAUUCCGAGCGACGUCUUGGUGAAGCUCAUUACUUCCGGGGGUGCUUUUGUUCGAGACCUCAACCUCAGAGGUUGUGUUCAAAUGCGUGAAAAAUGGUCUUCUGAGGGAGAACGCAUUUCCGAUCUCUGCCGAAAUGUUGUCAACUUUUCUCUUGAGGGCUGUCGUAUCGACAGGGCAUCCAUUUACUCUUUUCUACUUAACAACCCCCGUUUGAAAUAUAUCAAUGUCUCGGGGCUUUCGACUGUCACGAACUCCGCAAUGAAGGUCAUUGCGCGGUCUUGCUCGCAACUUGAGACAUUGAAUAUUUCGUGGUGCAGCAAUGUUGAUACAACCGGUCUUCUCCGGGUAGUUCAGUCUUGUGAGCGACUCAAGGAUCUUCGCGCUAGCGAAAUUCGUGGCUUCAAAGAUGAGAGGUUCACACUGGCCUUGUUUGAGCGCAAUAACUUGGAUCGUCUAAUCAUGAGCCGUACCGACCUAACUGAUCAAAGCUUGAAGACGCUGAUCCACGGCAAGGAUCCCGGUAUAGACGUGCUGACUGAUCGUGCCGUCGUUCCACCUCGACGAUUCCGUCAUUUGGACCUCCAUCAAUGCCCCGGAGUGAGCGACAUCGGCUUGAAAAGCCUGGCUCAUAACGUGCCAGACCUGGAAGGCCUGCAGGUAUCCCAGUGCUCCGAGCUGACCGACGACUCUAUCAUCGAUGUCAUUCGCACCACACCGAAGCUGUCGCACCUGGAAUUGGAAGACUUGGAAAACCUCACUAACAGCACCUUGGUGGAGCUGGCCAAAUCCCCAUGUGCGCAGAACCUAGAGCACUUGAACAUCAGUUACUGCGAGAGCCUCAGCGACACAGGAAUGCUCCAGGUCAUGAAGAGUUGUCCGAAAAUCCGAUCUGUCGAAAUGGACAACACAAGAGUCUCAGACUUGACUCUAAUGGAAGCCAGCUAUCGAAUCCGACGACGCGGAUACAGCGAUGACCUCCCCGAAGUCGGCCUGCGGCUCAUGAUCUUCGACUGCGCAAAUAUCACCUGGGCAGGUGUCAAGGAAGUCCUCUCGAGUAACGCUUACAUCCCACGCGCCUCCCGCAAACCCUUGUCGACGGUAGUCACCGUAACACAAACAUCAGACACUGGCUCCUCCCCCGAGACAAGCACAUUCGUCACACCAGCCUCCACCCCUCCGCCUUCGUCAACAUGCCCGAACGAGAUCAUCCAGCUCAAAUGUUUCUACGGCUGGCAGAUGACCGUCGACGAACAUACGAAACGCGUCCUCCGCGGCGAUCUAGCUGCUGCAUCCCGGCUGGACCGGAAAUGGGCAGACUAUAUGAUGGCCACAGAGGAGGCAGGCGCCGCCGGCGCAGGUGCCCGUCGACGCAGACGUCGCGCCCGUGAAGCAGAGCGUCUUUACAAUGCUGACGAAGAAGAGAAUGAUGCAUACGGUGCCAGCGCUAUCACUUCUCUGGGUGGUAGACGCCGACGUGCUCAGAGCGGUGGUGGCUGUACCAUCAUGUGA